AUGUCUUCAUUGCAGUCGCAAAGUGUGUCCGAAUGUAUGUCUUCGUCGUCCUCGUCGUCGACCUCUUCGUCGCCGUCGAUGUGUUUGGGAAGCAAUGAGACGCCAAACCCAUUGACGACACACCAUAUGAUUGCCACCAAUAUACCAAUACUUCCACUAACGAAGAGUUUGCGAACCACUUCUCGGACGACCGAUGAUAACAAUCAACAUAUGAUUGGCGCUCAAGAGUUGUCCAAAUUGUAUGCCAUCCGCAGUGAAUGCUAUCUAACACUAGGUUUACAUCAAUUGGCUUUCGAUGACUGCGUCAAUGGUUCCCAAUUGGAUCCAAAGAACCCCAAUCUGUAUCGCCUUAAAGGUCGUGCAUUACUUGGAUUGAAUCGCAAGGAAAGCGCUGAGCAUUCGUUUCAGAUGUCUAUUGAAUUGAGCAAAAAAUAUAGCCAACCGUCGGAUGAGUCGGUCAUAAGUAGAUAUAAUGCCCUAAAGGAGGCGGGUUUUGAUCACCAGACGGCCAAUAUGUUUGCCCCCAAAAGCCGUUCAGUAAACGAUGCAAUCGAUAAUAUACUGAAUACAAGCCUUACGUCCGGACAGUUGUCUUCUCUAAGAGAUUCUUAUACCCGAAGCUUAAAUACUAACGAUUCCGGCAAUCAAUUGCCGCCUCAAUGUUUGGACACAACAAUGUCCGCAAUGUUUGGUAACAUGAAUGAGACGAAUAACAGCGGCAACAGAGCUAACGGCGCCUCUCAAGCAUUAGGCCUUAAACUGAUUAGUGAUAUCGACAACUGUUUAGGAAGUAUUCUCGACUCUGACGGCGAAAAGACCCAUAUUUUUGACGAAAAAAACGAUAACAAUAUUAUUAGUGCCACUAAUUGUAGCGAUUUUUCAAAUAUGAAUAUUAAUAAUAAUAGUAUAAACAAAAGUAAUAAUAAUUACUGUGAUAUCGGAGACAAUGGAUAUCAGUCCAGAAGUCUUUCGCCACAAACAAAGCAAAGUUUAUUUGGGAUCUCUUCCGAUCACCAACUCAUGCAAAAAGGAAAUAAUUUUACUAUUGAUCUCAACAAAGACUCGUUGGGCUCUCAGAUACUGCCGAAGACUCUAAAGAAUAAUAACCGAAGCGCUGGAAGUGGUGGCCAAUCGACACGAAAAACAUUUGCUGACAUCGCGUCGGCUAACGCUAAAAAAUCUGUUCAGACAAUGAAAACGACCGCAAAAACCAAUACAAUGAAAGAUACGGAUACUAGAGAUACACCGGUCUCUCGUUCGCAAACCCCAUCCGAUGCCGGGACUAAACUAUCGGCGCUCGAGUCGUUCGGUGCACCCAAUUAUGCGACCGAAAGUGUGGACAAAAUUGAAAAAUUUGGCGAAAUAGUGGUUUUGGAACCGAUUAAACCCACAAAUCUAAUGGCAUAUAAAGGCCUUUGGGUCUGCAAUAUAUCGCCCGACGCUUCGUAUAUAACGUUAAAAAAGGUUUUUCGAAAAUAUGGAAAUUUUACUGGAAUUCAAACGUUUGAAAGAAAGGCCACAAACGGGUCGAACAUUGUUUUCGUUCACUACGAUAACAGUCAGUCGCCAACCGAUGCCAUCGCAGAGCUGUUUGGUGUCUACCGGAAAGACAUCUGUUUUGACGAGAAGACACUUUUGAAGCUUAGAUUCACUCCAAGUAUGGAACAGACGAAGAACGGAGACAUGCCUUCCAUGGAAAAGGCCAGACGUGUGGUCGAGAAGAGUGGCGAGUGUUUCAAUUGGCGUCUGAGCACCGGAUGCCAUAAAGGAGACCGUUGUUCAUACAAACACAUCCCUAUUAAUAAAGCGGUUGACUCUCAGCCUUGGGUGAAAGCAUUGAAAAAGAAGGCAAACGACGCUUAAAACACACUAUGAAUGGCUCUCUUAUAAUAAUAAAUAUAUUAAAAUUAUAUUACAAUUAACACAAAAUGUCUUUUCUUCUGGCGAUAACUUGAUAUAAGAAAUAAAACACUUUUUUGUCCUUUA